GUCGCAUAUAAAGGUGGAGGAUAAUAGCUAGUCAAUAUGAUAGAACAGAUGAAUAGAUACGUCGGGAUUGAGUCCCUCAUUCCUACAGUUGGUAUAUUCGCUUUGAGUCUCUAUUUCUACUAUUCACGGACUCAUAAGAAAAAUUAUCCACCUGGACCUAAAGGUCUUCCAGUAUUGGGCUGCGUGACUCAACUAGGAGAACAUCCGUCAAACACAUUGACGGCUUUGUCAAAGAAAUACGGAAAUGUUUUUUCAAUUCAAAUCGGAAUGAACAAUUAUGUGAUUUUAAAUGACUAUGAGUCAAUACAUGAGGCUUUACUAAAAAAGAACGACGACUUUUCCGGUCGCCCAGAUGUUUUACUUUUGCGGCAGAUGGGGCAAGGACAUGGAAUUAUUUUCAGAGAUCACGGACCGGAGUGGAAAAGUCAGAAAAAAUUUGCUGUGGCAUGCUUAAGAGAAUUGGGGGUAGGAAAGAAACGUCUUGAAGAUUUGAUCUUGGCAGAAGUUAAUCAUCUUGCAGAGGACAUAGAGUGUAGAGGCAGGAAGGCAUUCAACUCACAGAAAUUGUUUGUAAAAGCAACCGGAAACAUAGUAUGUGAAUUAUUGCUGGGAUCGCGAAUGCCUUAUAAUAACGAAACGUAUUGUAGACUUGUUGACUGCCUCGAUACAACAUUUUUCAAGAAGACAACGACGCCUUCCGUGCUUGCCUUGAUUGUUGCUCCAAUAGUCAGAUUCUUGCCUGGAUUUCGCGACGUUUAUGGCUCAUUCUGCAAAGAUCUUGACAAAACUUUUGAAAUUCUUCACGAAUUACUGGAAAACCACAAAAAUAACUUCGAUGAUGCAGACAUACGCGACUUUGUCGAUACAUUUCUGAACCAAAUGAAAUCAAAAUCCAACAAGGACCCAGUAUUCAAGGAAUUACAGAUAUUCCAAUUGAUGAGAGAAUUAUUUGUUGCGGGUAGCGUGAACAUCAGCGUUAUGCUGCGAUGGAGCAUUUUAUGUUUCGCAAAUCACCCUGAACACCAGGAAAAAAUUAAGCGGGAAGUUGAUGAAGUGAUUGGUGAAGGAGUGCCCUCUAUGAAACAUCGAGAAGAUAUGCCUUAUACAUGCGCAUUCCUGCAGGAAAUAUUGCGACACCGUACUCUUGUACCUCUCAGCAUGCCUCAUAAAACUACAAAUGAUACUUCCUUCGGAGGAUAUGAAAUUCCGAAAGAUACUCCGGUGUUGACCAACUUAUGGGCCGUGCAGCACGACCCAGAACAUUUUGCAGAUCCCGAGGAAUUUCGACCAGAUAGGUUUUUAGACGAGGAUGGUAAAUUCGUGCAAGACUCUCACGUAAUUCCAUUCUCUUUCGGUCCCCGAUAUUGCAUGGGCGAUCAGUUGGCUAAGAUUGAGCUUUUCCUAUUCUUAACGUCAAUUGUUCAGAGGUUUAAUGUAAUUGCCGACAGCAAGCACCAUCUGCCCUCUCUAAAUGACGGUGUGUUUGGGGUCGUGUACGUGCCCCCAGACUUUGAAGUGAGAUUUGAAAGCCGCUAAUUAUCGGAUUCUUUCUAGUAUUAAACUGGCUAACCAAGCAACAACGGAAUUUAUAUUCUAAAGUCCAAAUAUGAGGCGUGUAGUUGGAAUAUUUUUACACUAAAACAAAUUCUAUAAUAUUUUCUAAUAUUUGUGAAAGUAACUGUAAAUACCAUUUUAUGUUUGUUAUUGGAAAUAUUAGAACUUCAAAGCCUGACUCUCCCUGAUAAACCUUUUAUGUUUUGUUGCAGUAAUGUGUUCUUAGUUUGUGAAGUUCUGUGGCCGCAUAGACUCCAAAUGCUCAUAGAAAGACUCCCUUUUUGUAGGUGCCAAAAUCUGGAUUUCACAAUAUUUAAAACUUGGGUAACUGCGAAAGUAUGUGAUAUAGCCCGCAACUAAUGUUUUUCAUAAUUUGUCACAAUAAAAUCUAUAAUUCAUCAGCAAAAAAAAUUGAGAUAAGUUUGCUAUGCUUUUUUAAAAAGCUGCAUAAUAUUUUCGUUUUGCAAUUUCAAAAUUGAAUCAAGGAAAAUUGAAUGAAAAGGUACCAACAGUGAUUUUACGCACUAUCAAGUUCGAUUCUGAUUCAAUAUAUAUACUGAGAGCCAAAUUACAUAAAGAUAUUGUAGUAUUUUUGAUUUCAUUACUAUAUUUUGCUUUUAUUUUUGUAUUGUUAUUGAAACCUCAUAAAAUAAUAUGAACUAUCCAUGAUAUUAUUGUUCAUUUGUACUUUGUGUAGCACUUUGUUCCUUCGAAACGGGUGAGCAUAUAGUUACGUUGUUUACUUUUGAAUAAUUGAAUAAAAUUACUCAUUAUAUUUUAACAUGUUGAUAAACUUGAAUAAAUCCAAAAUAUGCCUUGUUUAUGUAUAGGUUAUGGGCGAGUUUGAUAAAUACUCGCAUUCGCAAACA